AUGGACCUUCUUGCAAUCUCCAUGAAUAAGACCUCUAUUUGGAUGUUCAGGUUCAAUGGUGAAAGAGUAUACUCCAUCAACAACAAAGCUCAAGUCUUGGACCUUCAAUGGAAUCUGAGUGGCAGAUUCUUCGCUGUUUCCAGUGCUGAUCACUUUAUCAAUAUUUAUGACACUAACACUGGAGAUCUUGUCAACAAAUUUGCAACCAAUACGUCAUUACCAAUUACCUUAAUGAGCUGGGUCUCAGUCAAGUUGGAUAUAUCCAUUGGAUCCGAAAGAGCAAUGCCAUUUAUUAAUAUGUUCAAGCAAGAUAUUCUUAAAGAUCUUCCGAAGCUUAGCCACGAAGUGAACUUCUUCGAUACGGAGAGAGCUGGAGGUGUUAUCUCCUUACAAAACGCCUCUUCCAAGUCCCAAUCAAUGUCAAUUUCGGCCACCAACACCAAUGAGGACGAUUCCUUACUCGAUUACCUUCUUGUGGUGAACUCCAAUUCUGUCCUUACUGCCACUUUUAACAACCUCUUCGCUGUACCAGAUAUUGAACUACCAGAGAACUGCAAGUUCAUACGACACGAAGUGAAGGACGACUUCUUCAACCAGUAUCUACUAGCAGAGACAUCGUCCGGCGACUUGGAGGUCUUUAAGAUGGAGUUUGGUUUCCCAGAAGCUAGACAGCGUUCCUACGUAUUAGACAUCUUGAAGUAUUCGUCGCUUCUAAUAUCAAUGCUCAAUCACAUUACAGAUCAGGUUGCAGAGAUGCAGAAGGAAGCUGCUGCAUUCAUAACAGUCUUUGAUAGAUAUCUCUCUAAUUUUAAAGAUGCAAUUGCUGAAGGUUCCGCUGAAUCAGAAAACCCUGUGGAGGUCACUGAAGAUGACCUCGUUGAGACUCUUAUGGCGAUUGUGUUGAUGGGCGUCGUUCCACCACACCUUAAAGACUUCUGGCUCAAUCAAUUUGGUGAACGUGGCCUUCUUAGAAUCUCUAAGUUGGGAAACGAACUCUAUGAAGCCACGAGAAAGACCGCUUAUGCGCAAGUCAUACUUGCAAUAGAAAAGAUCAUUAUCAUAUUGAGUGAUUUGAGAGGGCUUUGUCUUGCUGCUCAGAAUAUUUACGACGAUUCAUUGGGCAUGACUGUCUCCACUUUGGAAACAUCAGUCGAGUUGAGUAAGACGUUAUUGAAGAGUUUCUACGAGUUCAUCUGGGACUUCAAUACUGAGCAAGAGUCAUUCAAUACCUUUUGCAACUUCGUUAAGGUGGAAAUUAUCGAGCGCCUUUCAAAGGAAGAAAGUGAGUUCUUGAAAGCCCAUCCUGAAAUUGAAGUCAGUUCGACUGCUACGGUCGAAUAUGUCGAUAAGUAUAUGACUCAAUCUGUACUCAUGUCACUUCUCGAAAUAGAUUCUUCAAAGAAUGAUGUGAUCAUGACCACAGAAGAUAAGGAUGUUUCACUAAUAAAGAAGCUUACAGACCUCAAAGCCGAGAUCAACCAGACCCUUCUUCCGGGCAUUCAAGAAUACAUUGCAAAGAAAGCCAACUUCAAAGUCAUUGGAACAAUUCCAAGGCUGUCAAGUCCUGGUGAGUGCCAAAUAAUUUUAGCGGAUGAGAAUAUCCUCGUCGCUACAUCCCAUCUGAAUCUGCUUACAAUCAAUAGCUUUGGCGGAGCAGGACAGAAAAGUACAACAAUUGACUUCCCCAGUGACAUAAUCUCAUAUCUGCUUAUAGCAGGGUCCCGGGCUCUUGUUCUUCUAAAAAAAUCCGACAAUUUGUCUGAGUUAGUCUUAUUUAAGGUGCCUGAUAUUGGCUCAGAUGCGAAAUAUCUAGAUUUAGAGAUAUACCAGGUGGUGGCAUUUGACGGCGAUGGAACUAUCCCGGAACCUGCAAUUAUGGCAGUAACCAAAGAUCCGCUUUCGAGCGGUGUUACAGGCUGCAUCUUUGACAAGACGAAAAGGAACUAUUCCAUCAUAAGGAUAUAG